GCAGGCUGUCAGACUCUCUGCUCUAUAAUCAACUGUCAAGAAGAGUCAGUUGGAUAAAAUAGCAUGUGAUAUUACACAGAGAGUAAAGACAUCGGCAUUAGCGAGGACUAAGACUGUUUGUGUGUUGCCACCCUGUACUGCAUCUGGCCGGUCACGUGAUGUGAUGGCGCGUCUUCUGCUGGGACUGGGUGUCCUGCUCUGUGCGGGGUGCGGGACUUCAGGAAUCCGAAUAAUCAACUGUAACAACAACAAGGUAGAAAUAUUUGAAGACUCACCUGCUCCAGUCACGUGUGGAGACAUCACCAGUACAGCCGAUGUUAUUUGGAGACUAAAAAAUGGAUUAAUGAUCGGAGUGUGUAAAGCUGACGGUACCUGUAGUCCUGGUGCUGCCUUGUACAACGACUACAGACUCAGCAGGUCACCGCAGUCCACGGAGAGUCAGCUGACCCUUGUCCCUGAUUACCGACGUCACGCGGGUCGCACGGUCACGUGUCAGGACACAGUGAGUGGUUCCACAGCCUCCUGUACUCUCGUCAUCAGACGUCACUCUGAGCUCAGUGAGUGUCACGUGACCACCAACCCUGUGGACGGGACUGUGUCAGGUUCAUGUCGUGUACAACAAGCUUUCUCCUCUGAUAACAUCUACACCUGUACAUGGACACGAAACGAUGGACGAACUUUUGGAGGGUUUGAAAACAAUCGUGUAAGGGCAAGGUGUUCAUUCAUCAAUGCACCUUUGAAACGAGAGAAUGGAGUCUACACCUACACCAUAGUUGUCUUCCCCCCGCCUGUAGUUGCAUUCUCAAAAACCAUCAGAAAAGUUUCAGAUCCCAAUAAACUCAUUGCUGUACAAAGAUCAGAUUCUACCCGUAAACUAUCGGACUACACAAAGUGGAUCAUCUCUGGCGUCAUCACCGCUAUCAUCGUCGCUCUUCUUAUCGUUGUCAAUUAUUUUAUCACCAGUCGACACAAGUACACAGGAUUAUGGUACAACAAGAAUUGGUUUAAGCAAAAUUACCCACAGACUAGUCUUGGUGACCACUCCGGUGACACAGCAGUUGACCAGUCUACAGGUUUUUCGGAUCUUGUGUCUGCGUAUGAUUUGACCUCCCGUCAAGAAGACAGGGGAAACCCGGGGACAGGGCUUCGUCGUAAAGCCCAAUUAGUGGCAAGAGAAUUGCAACUGCACUUGGAUUUAACUUCCCCUUCUGAUAACCAUGGUAACCAAGACAUCCAGGUCAGAAACACCGUCGAGGAUGGCGCUAUAACACACCUGACAGAUGUCAACGUGUAUGAGAACCUCCAGACAGCUUCAGACCAAACAUACGACACAGCGCGUGCACCUGAGGAAGACCAUCAAUACGCUGACCUCAAGGUGAAGGCUAGGGGUAAAGUCAAGGUCACAAAAACAGGUCUGCCGUAUGGUGAGGAAAGGGACAGCACCGUCUACAAUAAUGUUUUAUGAGACCACGGAAGAUAAACAUUCUGAAAAUAUGCAUAUUCAACGACUUUGUGACUUCGUUUUAUUUUUGUUUUCUAUCUAUUUAAAAUACAAAUUAGUUUGUAAGUUUGUAAGUUACUAUUGAAGAUGAACGAGAAGUGGUUAAAAAUAUUGACAGAUUUUUUAAAAAUCAAUUAAGCUUCUGAAAGAAGCUAGUUCAUGUUAACCCAACAUUGACAGUGUUGUUUGUGGUCAUUCUAUGUGAAUUUGUUCAAGAAGGUCAAGGUUUCAAGAAACAUGACAAUAGUUAACAAUACUUCUUUAUAACACCAUUUUAUACAUUUGCAUUCACACUCAGUCCAAUGUUGUAGUGGUUGAAUAAUUGUAAUUUGAUUACUGAAAAGUCAAACUGUUAAAAACAGCUGACCAAAAUACAAGUAUUUAUUGCUGUUAUUAAAUGAACUGCAUGCUGCUUGCAGCACAACAAUUAGUCAUACAUUUGAAUCAUCCUAACCGUUCUAUUGUUAAUUUGACUGAAAAAUAAAUGGGUAACUCCUUUCUAUCACACUG